AUGGCAGGUACUAGUAGUAGAAGCAACAAUGAUGGUGAUACUGCAAUGGCAAUAUGCAAAUCUAUUCUAGGUGCUUUCUUCGGUUUAUGCGGCUUAAUGCUCUUAUCCUUAGUUCUUCGCCCGUCUAAUCCUGAAUGCUAUAUAGAGAAACUUUACAUUCCUCCUCUCGACAAAGCCUCAUCAUCAAAUGAUUCCCAAAUCAUCAAUUCCACAUCCAUAGAUUUCGAUCUUACAUUUUCGAAUUCUGAUGAUGUCGCCAAGUUUUUCUAUGUUGAUACCAUUAACAUGACGUUUUAUUACUGCGGGAAUAACCUAAGUUUGGCCAUUGCAAAUAUGUCUCUACCUAAGUUUAAUCUUGCACAUAAAGGUGCUGCUCAUCGUGUCGAGACAAUUGAGGCUUUUGGGGUACCUUGA